GCUGUAAGUAGAAAUGGGAAAGUGUCUAUGAAUACUCAGCUUGGUUGAAAGCUGAGGCGUGCACCUAAAUGGAAUUUGUCUGAAGCUGGAUGUGCUGGGGCAGGUGGCAGCGCUGGAAAGUGUGCAUGUGGCUCUGACUCUGGUGAGGUGAGGUGAUGGGAACAGGAAUAGGUGAGACACUGAUUCUGUAAGGCUUCUUCUGUUUUUAAGGAGAUGACUGGUAAUUCCAGCCUUAUCUGCUCCUGCCUUCAGAAACUCAUGAGGAGCUGCUUCCCUCAAAGCCUCUUUCUUUAAGUGGAGGUGAGGCUGAAGGAACCACUCAAGCAAAGAAAAUAGGCAAGAGCACAGUGCUUGUUUUCCUGAAUUCUCAUCCUGCCUUCCAAGAUCUGGAGCAAAGCUGGAUCCCAGUCCCGUCCGAGUUUAUGAGCAUCUUGCCUAGCAGGGAGAUCCUGAGCAGCCAUCCAUUUCUUACUAAAGGAACUUUCACGUGGCUAGGGAAUUUAUCACUGCACCUAGCUGGGUGCAAGAGCAGAAUUACUGUGGCUGAUAUUUCCCCCACAGAUCCUUCCCUUCUAGGAUGCCUUCUCGCUAGGAAACCUUUACAAUAACCAGGAAAUCAGCACUAAGAAGUGAUGUUUUCCCUGUCAAACCCCGAGCUUUGAUUUCUGUAUAGUGGAACAUUAAUUGCUGAAGCACAGUUCCAGUUUGUAGCUUGCUUGUGCUCCCAGAAGCAGUGUCAGUGCUCCUCCCCAAAACCAGGUAAGGUCUUAACUGGUAACAGUACUUCACUGCAAAAAGUGAUUCAUUCCCAUGAAAACUUAAUCUGCUUCCUGCCUGAGCUAGGAUUCCUUUUACACUGUUUUGUUUCCAGUAUUUGGUACGUAUUUGCUCUGCCCCGGCAGCUUUGCUGUGUACUUGCCCUUGGCUCAGCAUCGCAGCCAUGGUCUGUAGCUGUCAUUGCCUUGCUGUGUCACUUUGCUCCUGUCAGAUACUCCACAUUCGCUUGAUUCUUUUUCUGGGUGAGUCACACGCGUGCAGCAAGGCCAGUAGCUCUCAAAGAGCUUUGUACUGAUGAAUGCAGCAUUUGGAUCCUGGAGUGUAGGAGAGUCUCCAUGCUUCCUCUGUGGCAUUUUAGAGGCUUGAGGCCUUUAAGAAGUUUGUUCUCUACUACCUCAAAGCAGGACGUGAGGGACCAGCAUGUAUGAUAAGCCAUCCCAGGAGCAGAAUGAUUUUCUGCUGUAUUAGAAGUGAAGUUGCUUACCCCCAAAACAAGACUUUUAGUGCACAGUGGAAUUUUUUCUGCUUUUCACCCCUUUAGCAAAGGAAAUUUCCUGCCUUGGGCAGACAAAGAAGGGAAGGGCAUGCAGACAGCCCUCUGCUCUCCCUGCGUACACAUGCAGCCCUGCCUCUCUGUAAACAAGUUUAUUUAACAUUCAUCAGAACCGCAACGCUCUGCGCUGCUCCACACUCCAGCUCUGGCUUUUGCACAUCACAGGCUGCCCUUUGUGCUCCCCAUGAAGGCCUCUUUUCAUCCCUGCCCUGGCCCUGUGCCCGCUGCAGCCACCUGGGGCUGGACAGCCCAUUGCUGGCCUCAGAGUUCACCCAACCCCUGCCCUCCCAUCUCAGCACCUUGUGCCUUCCAUGGCAAAGCCCUCCAUGGGGGGGCAGGAGCAGAAUCUGCCUUGGAGAGGGCUGUAGCUGAUGCCAACCUUGCAGACCCUAGGUCUGGAAUGAGUCUUCCCAUCUUCAUUGUGCUUAAUUUUAUCACAGUGGGGUCUUGGAGCUACCUGGUACCAGAAGCCUUGGCAGAGCACCUGCAGGGCCCAGUGCCCACCCUCUGGAACGAGCCUCCCGAGCUGCCCUCUGGAGCCGGCCCCAUGGACACCACCACAGCCCGUCUCUCGGAUGCCACAGCCUUCCCCCCGUACACGUCUGAGCUGGAGCCCGAGGACACCACUCACCUGCACCGGCUGGAUGCUGGGGACGGGUCACUGGGACCCGGAGCUAUCGGUGCCAUUGUCAUCGCCUCCCUCCUGGGCACCUCUGUGCUUGUGGCCUUGGUCAUCAUCACGCUGAGAAAGUUCUCUGCCUCCUGAACUCAAUAAAAGAUUUCUCUGUACCCCACCA